UUGUACAGUAAUUUUCACAGAUAUUUCGGUGUUAUUUACAUUUCAGAAUAGUUUAUUCUUUUUUUCUAAAAAUAGACAAUAUAGCAUAAAAAGCGUGAAUAAGAGAAAAACCACACGGUCCUUCAAGUUGAGCUGAUGACACGUUCAAUAAACAAAGAAUACUAUAAUUAUAUUUUAAGUGCCUUUAUAUUUUUGCAGCAUAUUUUCGCUGAUAUAUCAGUGCUAUUUGCAUUUCAAAAUAGUUUAUUUUCCUUUAAUUCUGAAAAUAGACACAAAAAGCAUAAAACAGAAAAACCGCACUGUCCCUAAAGUGAGCGUCUCCGUUUUCAGCUCCUCCCCGCCUGCACGCGGCUAAUCUCGCCGAUCGGUUACAUCCAGCCGCAGCCGAAGUCGAAAACACCUAGCGACUGUGGUGUCACCUGUCAACUUUAUGAUGAUGUUGUUUGGCUAGGCAGCGACACAGUCAUGUCUGAAGAGAGUGAACAGAAUAGGACCUGAGUACAGAGCCUUGAGGAUCACCUGUGUUCAUUCGAGGUGCUGGAGGAGUGUUUUCAGAGGUGAACAUGUUGGUUAUACAGCUUGGUUAUGAGGUUUGAGGGCAUCAUAUUGUUAAAUGCCGAACUAGUAAUCAGGGAUAACUGUAAUCAGGGAUAACUGUCUUUAUUUUACAAGUGAGUUAGAAUUUUGUGAAUGGUAAAUGAAAUAUCAUCCUCUGUGGAUCUGUUAGUGCUGUAAACAAACUGUAGUGGGUCAAGAGAUGUUUCUUAAUAAAGCUCUCAAAACACUUGAUGAGAACCGCUGUGAGAGUCGCUGGUCUGCAUUCAUUAAGACAAGAGACUGUGUCUUUCUGUGGAACAGGAAUGAUAGUGGAGGACUUAAAGCUGAAAGGAGCUGCAGUCAGAGGGAGGGAGAGAUUAAACACAAUCGCAUGAUCAGAAACUCCUCCCUCUUACAACACUCACCAGGAAAACACUGACUUGUUAUUUCUCCUUUCUGUCAUACAAGCAAUAAAGAUUCAGCAAUCAAUGAAGAAUAAGGAGGAAAAACUUUCAAGAAGGAUUUAAAACAUCUGUUUCUGAUCAGACAGCAGAUCUCUGUGAUUCUUGUGGUUAUUCAUUUUUGAAGCCUUGGUUUAGAAAGUGAAAGUAAAGUUGAGAUUUCUGGAACUCAAACAGUGAAAAUGGCUUCAUUAUCUGAAGAUGAUUUUUCUUGUCCCGUGUGUUAUGAAAUCUUCAAGGAUCCUGUUAUUUUAUCAUGUAGUCACAGUUUCUGUAAAGAGUGUCUUCAACAGUUCUGGAGGAACAAGGAAACUCAGGAGUGUCCUGUCUGCAGGAAAAGAUCCUUAAGAGAUGAGCCUCCUCCGUGUAAUCUUGUGUUAAAAAACUUGUGUGAGUUGUUCCUGAAGGAGAGAAAUGAGAGUCGUUCAUCAGGAUCUGAGGAGAUCUGCAGUUUACACAGUGAGAAACUCAAACUCUUCUGUCUGGAGGACAAACAGCCUGCGUGUGUCAUGUGCUUUACUUCACAGACACACAUCAAUCACACAUUCAGACCCAUCAGUGAAGUUGUUCCGUCAUAUAAGGAGGAGCUCAAUACAGCACUGAAGUCCUUACAAGAGAAACUUAAACACAAAGAAAACAUUAAAGGAAAGUUUGAGAAAACAGUUCAACACAUCAAAGUGAGGAUUGAUAACACAGAGCGUCAGAUUAAACAGCAGUUUGAGAAGCUUCAUCAGUUUCUCAGAGAUGAAGAAGAAGCUACAAUCACUGCACUGAGGGAGGAAGAGGAGCAGAAGAAGCAGAUGAUGAAGAAGAAGCUGGAGGAGAUGAACAGACACAUCUCAGCUCUUUCACACACAAUCAAAGACAUGGAGGAGAUGAAGAAAGACAAUGACGUCUGCUUUCUGAAGAAGUUUCCAGUCUCAAUGGAAAGAGUCCAGAUCUCACAGCCGGAUCCACAGAUGGCUUCUGGAGCUUUGAUUCAUGUGUCACGUUACUUGGGCAACCUGCAGUUCAGAGUCUGGAAGAAGAUGCAGGACAUCGUCCAAAACACUCCUGUGAUCCUGGAUCCAAACACGGCUUAUCCAUCUCUCGCCCUCUCUGAUGAUCUGACCAGUGUGAGACUCCGCUUAUAUCAACCUCUUCCUGACAAUCCAGAGAGAUUUGACAUCUAUCAGUGUGUUCUGGGUUCAGAGCGUUUUAACUCAGGAACACACUGCUGGGAUGUGGAGGUUAAAGAGAGUUCAUGGUGGGUUCUUGGAGUAACUACAGCAUCAAACCAGAGGAAGGGACGUGAUUUCUUUAACACUGGUGUCUGGAGUGUGUGGUAUAAGUCAUCCGUCCUUAUCCCAGUAUUCCAACCCUCCACUGGUUUUCCUGUUAAACAGAAGCUUGAUCGUGUGAGAGUGUAUCUGGACUAUGACAGAGGAACAGUGUCAUUCUCUGAUCCUGUAACUAACACACAUCUACACACAUUCACAACCACCUUCACUGACACACUCUUUCCAUUCUUCUGUUGUUGUCAUUCCUCUCUGAGGAUCUUACCGGUCAAUAGUCAGUAAUUGGUACUCCUGUAUAUCUGGAUCAAGCUUUUACACUCAUCUUGUUUGCAUUAUUUGUAUGUGUAAAACUUCUCAGAAAUGCUCUUAAAGGGAUAGUUCACCCAAAAAUUAUAGUUCUGUCAUCAUUUCCUUGCCAGGUUGAUCCAAACCUCUAUAAGUUUCUUUCUUCUACUGAAUGCAAAAGAAGAUAUUUUGAAGAAUGCUCAAACAGUUUCUGAUCCCUGUUGACUAACAUAAUAUGGAAAAAAUACCACAAUAAAAACAUAAACGUG